CAUUCUUUUUAGCUUUUCUGUUUUAUUUAUACAAAAUCAAAAGGCAAAAAACUCAAUUCGGGAUUUCAACACACAAGAACCCUAAUUCGAGGACACGAUUAAGAAACUUAGUGUACUAGGAUCAAGGAUGGAUCAAUUGAUUCCAGGAGAACAAGACAUCGAAGCUGGUCUAGCUCACGUUACGCAACAAUCCUCAUCAGAUACUGUUGAAGUGCUGAACUUUGGUGCGUCUGAAAAGAUUGAUGACGAUGCUGAUGAUCUAAACUAUCCCCUAAUUGGAAACGAGAAUCCAACUGAAACAACAAGCAGUAAACGCAAUGAUAUUGUUAAAGUUAAGAAGUCGAGAAAGGCGGCUUCGAAGCCACCUAGGCCCCCUAAAGGCCCUUCUUUCACUGCAAAUGACCAUAAGGUGAUGAAGGAAAUCGCAGAGCUCGCUAUGCGAAAGCGCGCAAGGAUCGAAAGGAUGAAAAAUUCACUGAGAAGAAUUAAAGCAGCCAAGUCUUCGUCAUCAUCAUUAUCAUCAUCAUCCCCUUAUUCAUGCAUUAGCAUCUUCUCGGUGAUAGUAACGGCUCUGUUCUUCGGCUUUCUACUCUUUCAAGGAUUGUUUGCAGGCAAUAUGACUAUGAGUUCAGACAACUCGCCUGCGCCAACUGGUUCACCUAACAACCAACUGAUCUCAGUUCAGUUCUACAAUGAUUUUGCUCCCGUUGAGCAAACCGAUCCCAGUCCAGCCACCUCGUACAGAUACACGAGGAAGCGAGUUUCGGGUGCAGAAGAAGACUAGAGAGUUGUCAUAUGUCACCACCAGAAGAGUUUUCUGUGUUUUGUCUCGAUUAGUCUCCUUUGGUUCAAGUUUUGUUCCUGUCUUGUCCCCCCUUGUAUAUUUGUGUUGUAACUGUCCUAACUGUCUCUUUACUGAGGUUAGAUCUUCUAAACGACUGCGUUUUAAAAUAAUGUAAGUUGAACCAUCAAACUUACCUUCUUCGUUCUAAAUAAUGAUGAUGAUGUAAGUUGGACCCAUCAAACUUAGCUUCUGCGUUCUA